CCCUGAAGCCACCAGUUUGAGCAGAGCGACUUCAUUUAAUAGAACUAACGUUCAAAAUUUCUUCGAGAAAUACAGAAGCGUACUAGAAAGAUACAGCUUCCCACCAUCUCGAAUUUGGAACGUUGACGAAACAGGUAUCACAACCGUGCAGAAGCCGAAGAAGAUUGUUGCUGGCAAAGGCACAAAGCAGGUCGGUGCGGUAACAUCUGCUGAAAGAGGUGUACUAGUUACACUUGUAGUAGCAACAAAUGCUAUUGACAAUGCCAUACCUUGUAUGUUUGUCUUUCCUCGUAUUCGUUACAAUGACAUAUUUGUUAGAAAUGGACCACCAGAAUGCAUAGGAGUUGGUAAUCAAUCGGGCUGGAUGACUCAAAAAGAGUUUGUGAAAUUCAUUGAUCAUUUUAUUCAUCAUGUGAAGCCGUCAAAAGAAGACCCUGUCUUACUCUUACUAGACAACCACAGCUCACAUGUGAAUGUAGAAGUAGUUAACAAAGCCAAGGAAAAUAAUAUAAUUCUAUUGUCAUUCCCACCUCAUUGCUCCCAUCGCCUACAGCCUCUUGAUGUUGGAGUGUAUGGUCCACUUAAAAAUUAUCUAAAUAGAGCGCAAACUUCUUGGAUGAGUAGUAAUCCCGGAAAAACUAUGACCAUAUAUGAUCUCCCUGGUAUUGUUAAAGAUGCAUUGCCUCUGGCAUUGAAUCCGAGGAAUGUGAUAAACGCAUUUAGGAAAUCUGGUGUCUGGCCACUCAACGACGAAGUCUUCCAAGAUUCGGACUUUGCGCCAUCAUAUGUCACGGACCGUCCUGACCCGACGAAUCAAGAUUUUUCAUCGAAUUCAAUUAAUUCUGAACUACUGAACGAUAUGCCCGAUUUGGACAGCUCAACUGUAGUUACUGCGCACGUGUUUAAUGGGCCAGUAGCUGGACCAUCAGGUUUGCAGAGGGAUUCUAAUGAUUUCUCCAUUGAAACUGUAAGACCUCUGCCAAAAGCUUCACCACGAGCUCCAUCCAACCGUAAGCGGGCUAAAAAAUCUGCCAUUCUCACCGAUACACCUGAAAAAAAUGCGUUGGAAGAAGAACAACACGUUAGAGAACUGAAAAAGAGGAAAAUGGAGGAAAGAAAACAUAACAAAGAGAAUAAGAAAGAAAAAGGAAGAGGUAAAGGAAAGGGGAAGAAAGACGAGAAAAUAGAAAAGGUAAAAAAAAGAAUAUUAAACGAAAGCAAUGAUUCUGAUGAAGCAGAUGAAUGUUUUUGCAUUGUUUGUGGUAUGUUGUAUAAGGAUGAUUUAUCAGGUGGUGAUUGGAUACAAUGUAUCUCUUGUAAAGAAUGGGCCCAAGCUGGGUGCAUCAAGGGUGAUAUCACAUCAUUCCUUUGCUUGAAUUGUGAUUCAGAUGACGAUGAGUACGAAUAGUUUUUUUUAUUUUUAAUGUAGUCUAUAAUACUCAGCUAUUUUAUAGUUAUAGUUUGAUAAUAAAGUAUUAUUUCAUUGU